UCUGCAAUGUGUGGACUGGUAGGCGAGCUGCCGGUGAGCUGUAUCGCGAUCCUUGGGCAUCACUUUACCGCCUAGUCCUGCGUCUUUUGGAGUCCCUGCUCUUUGCGCCAGCGGAAGCCACUGUCUCUGCACUUCUGGGGUUUUUUUUACAGGUCUGUUCCUCAAAAUGAGUAUUAGUGUCAUUUUCUUAAGACCUUUUGCCAGGUUUUUGGUGCCAUUUACCCUUCAUAGGAAGAGCAGGAAUUUAUAUUCAACAAUUCUGCAGAGAAAUAUGUCUUCCAAAAUACCAUCUUUGUCCUAUUCUACUAAGGAGAGUACAUCCCCUCCUGAACAGCUAGAAUUGGAUGGGUGGAAAACAACAAUGAAAUCUAGUGUGCAAGAAGAUGUUUCAACAGUCUCAAGCAACAAGGAUGAAGAUCCUCUAGCUGCCACCAGAGAGUUAAUUGAGAUGUGGAGAUUGCUUGGCAGAGAAGUACCAGAACAUAUCACUGAAGAUGAGCUCAAAACCAUUAUGGAAUGUGCUUCUAAAUCAUCAAAAAAAAAAUAUUUAAAAUAUUUAUAUAUUAAGGAAAAAAUGAAAAAAGCUAGGCAAAUAAAAAAGGAAGCAAAAGCAGCAGCAAGGGAAGAAUUUAUAAAAAGCAAGCUGCUAGAAACCACUGAGGAAGAUAAACAGCAAAACUUUCUAUUUUUACGACUUUGGGAUAGGAAUAUGGACAUUGCAAUGGGCUGGAAGGGUGCCCAGGCCAUGCAGUUUGGACAACCCUUGGUUUUUGACAUGGCUUAUGAGGAUUAUAUGAAUCGAAAAGAACUGCAGAAUACUAUUUCCCAACUUUUAGAAAGUGAAGGAUGGAACAGAAGAAAUGUUGAUCCUUUCCAUAUUUAUUUCUGCAAUCUUAAAACAGAUGGUGCUUAUCAUAGAGAAUUAAUUAAGCGGUAUGGAGAAAAAUGGGACAAAUUGCUUUUAACGGCAACAGAAAAGUCUCAUGUAGAUUUAUUUCCAAAGGACAGUAUUAUAUAUUUAACUGCAGAUUCUCCUAAUGUUAUGACUACCUUCAAGCAUGAUAAAAUUUAUGUAGUUGGGUCUUUUGUUGAUAAGCAUAUGCAGCCAGGCACAUCCCUAGCCAAGGCAAAGCGGCUGAAGCUGGCAACAGAAUGCCUUCCAUUAGAUAAAUAUUUACAAUGGGAUAUAGGUUCUAAAAAUCUCACCUUAGAUCAAAUGAUUCGGCUUUUGUUAUGUCUGAAAAACACUGGUAGUUGGGAAGAUGCUCUAAAGUUUGUUCCCAGGAGAAAACAUACAGGUUAUCUGGAGGUAUCUCAGUAUUCUCAAGAGUUUAUCGACAGAAUGAAGAAGGCAAAGACUUUUAAUUCACUUUCAAAAGGUUCUCUACACGGUACACAGAAAAGGUGGCUUAAAUGAGAAAAUUUGAUAGCUUAAAAAGUAAAUGGAUUGGAAAUACAGUUCUAUUAGUGUAUUUCUUUCUGAAUGGAAUUCAUUUUCUUUCCAAACUAACUGCAGGGUAGUAUCUUUUCCGAAGUAAAUAUUUGUAAAACUCUGGGGUUAUAUUUUGUUUACUGUAAAAAGACAAUUGUAGAAAGUGAAAAGAGUUGUCCAA